AGGGCACCCGACGAGCGCCCGCCGUAGAAAAACAACGCGUUGGUUAUUUGACCAAAAUCGAAUUUAUCGCAUUUACGCUUCCGAAACGCGUUUUGGACGCGGGACAAAGGCGUAGCACCGAACCUCCCGCUUUUUUCCGACGCUUUAAGCGCGUCCGAGCGACGUUGUUUAUGUGUAGUAAGGGGAGCCUUGAAACCGGCCGCCCUUGCCCCAUUUCCUCGCUUGUUUUCCUCGUCGGUUGCGCCUACUCGGAUUCUCCAUGUUGUUGUCGUCGCCGCCGCCAAAGUGACGAUUUGACGGCCGACCUCGGAGAAGCGACGGGCCGCCCAGCGAGCCCAGCCCCGCGUCCGGAGAGUGGUUCCGAGUGCCGUGGCCAGGCGAGCUCGGGGGAAUCAUCGGCUCGGAAUCAUCGGGACCAGAGAAGAACGAAGCCAAUGAGGGGUGCACGUCAGUGGCCGCCGCGGACAGGAUUUGAGGAUUUUCGGGGCUCCGUAAUUGUCAGAUGGAAAGUUCUGUUAUCACCCAAGUGCACAAAGAAGACGUCCAGGUGGCCCCCAAAACAGGGCUGGUGAGCCGCUCGUCCCUGAAGCAGCCUCGAAGUUGCAACAUCUUCAAGGCGCUCUUCUGCUGCCUCCAAGCUCAGGAUGGUGCCAAACUACCUCCGCCGCCGCUACCCUCGCCUUCCCAGCAAGCCUUGCUACAGGGGCAGGAAAACGGGGCUCUCAUCAAGCUGUGCCAAGGCAGCCUGCUGCCCGAGGUGACGGCCGAGGAUCGGGGCAAAAUCUGUGCCGUCAUCGAUCUGGACGAGACGCUGGUGCACAGCUCUUUCAAGCCGAUCAGCAACGCCGAUUUCAUCGUGCCCGUGGAGAUCGAGGGAACCAUGCAUCAGGUUUACGUACUUAAGCGGCCGUACGUGGACGAGUUUCUCCGACGAAUGGGCGAGCUCUUCGAGUGCGUGCUCUUCACCGCCAGUUUGGCCAAGUACGCCGACCCGGUGACGGACCUGCUGGACCGGCACGGCGUGUUCCGGACACGGCUCUUUCGUGAAUCCUGCGUCUUCCAUCAGGGCUGUUACGUCAAAGAUUUGAGCCGCCUAGGCCGAGACCUUCACAAAACGCUCAUCUUGGAUAACUCGCCCGCUUCCUACAUCUUUCACCCCAAUAAUGCUGUGCCAGUGAUGUCGUGGUUCGACGAUGCGGACGACGCCGAACUCCUCAACCUUUUGCCCGUCUUCGAAGAACUUAGCCAGGCGGAGGACAUUUACGCUCAGCUGGACCAACUUCGCGGACAUUAAGUGACCUUUUGGGAGACCUUCCGGGAAGCACAAUCGCUUGUUGAUGUCAUUUGUGGAAUUGUUCACAUGCCAAAACAGAAGCGCACCCAACCACCCACCCUCAUCUUUUUGGAGUGUGCCUUUAAGAAACUUUUAUUUUUAUUUUUUUUAUUUGCAUAAGUUGUUUUCAAUUGAAAUCUAUUUUUUAAAGAGUUCCUCUAUGCAAACUAUUUUUUGGCUUAUCAAGGCCACAAAGCUAACAUUUGCCAAAAUGUCAUGUCCACAUAUGUGGAUGCCAGGGUCUGCAUAAUCAUCAUAUAUAUUUUUUAAAUUAUAGUGGGGAUGCUUUGCAUAAGAAAAACAAUCAGAAGUGACCUUUCAAUGACCCAGAAUCAACAGGAAGGGGCCAAUGCACAUUUAAAUAGCCCAAAUCAACAAGAAACAAUUAAAAAUAAACAGGAAGUGAGCCUGGAAUGACCCAAAAUGAAACAGAAGUGACUCAGGAAUUCCCCAGACUCAAUAGGAAGUGACUUUUAAAUGGCCCUAAUCAACAGAAAUUAACAGGAGUUGACCUUGGAAUGCCUCAAAAUGUGCAAGAGGUGACUAAAAAGGAAGUGACCCAAAAUCAGAUGAACGAUCAUAGAAUAACCCUAAAAUAACACCAGAAAAGCAACAGGAAGUGCCCUAGAAAGAUCAACAGGAAACAAUUAAAAUUAACAGGAAGCGACCUGUUAUUGCCUCAAAAAUAACAUGAAGUGACCCAAGAUCAAAAGGAAGUGACCUGUUCAUGCCCCAAAAAUAACAAAGUGACCCAAAAUCAAAAUGAAGCGACCCGGGAAUUCCCCGUAUUCAAUAAAAAGUGACUUCUAAAUGGCCCAAAUCUAGAGAAAAUUAUUCAAAAUCUACAGGAAGUGACCUGGGAAUUCCCUAAACCCAACAGGAAGUGACUCAAAAUGAAAAGUGACCGCGGAAUGCCCCAAUCUAGACAAUAAUACCUGACUGCAGCAGACAGCCGCUACAAAUGACGGCCGCAUGAUGCUACGGUAGAUAUCACUUGUAUAUAGAACUACUUGUAGAUGCAAAAUGACAGACUCGCAGGCGUUAGUAAACAGCCGCCAUCUUAAAGCAGCAGACUUCUCAGGAAGGCUCUGCUGUAUCCUAGCAAACAUAAGUAACUUUUUAUUGAAUAUAAAAAACCUAAAUUGGCAAAGUCUUGACUUGAAUCCAUCUUUAAAUGAUGAAACAGUUUUAAAACUUACACAUGUUGAAAGUAGACAGGGAAGUAAUGCAAAAACGGGAGCAAUUUUAACCAACUUUAACGGUUAAUUCACAACAUUAAAUGACUUCCAAACAUAGCAAAGGUUAUAAUCUAGUUAUCGAAAUAUGCACAACACCCCUGUGUCUUGUUAAGUUUGGGGUAAAUAAUGGCGUACCACACACAACACGUCACUUUUGGUCAUUAAUAUUCAUGACAUUUAGCAAUUAUUGCUAGGCGGGUCGAGCACGCGUUUGUCCCAAUGCUAUAUACAUGUAAAUAGUGUACGAACGAUAUGUUUACUGAGCUAAACCUACCAAUUCCGGUAUACCCUGAUGCUAAAUUAAGUGGUAAAGUUGUGGAAGAACAUACAAAUGUUCAGUUAAAGAGAUAGCUUGAGUGUCUUUGGCUGAAAAAGAUGGGGAAAAGAGCCGACCUGAUCCAGAGUUAGCUUUUUUAUUGACACCACUUGCUUGUGUACAUUGCCUUACGCCACUGACAAUGACAUUCUCCCUUUUCAACAAUCUAUCCUUUGCCUCCAUAUGCCUUGUCUUUCUUAUUUAUUAUAUCCUCUGGUUGUCUUGACAUUCUUGGGGGGGUAAUUUACAUCGCUAAUUUUGUAUAGCGAUCGCAAAUGCUACUCGUUGACAGCCAACGAACACUUUUAAUCUUUUCAUGAAUAAAAAAACUUAAUUCUAUUAUUUAUUUCGACUUCCCACUUGCUAAAGUUUUUUUUUUUUUUUUUUUUUUUUUUUUUAAACAA